AUGUUGGCCCGCAAGACCAGCUACAACCAACUCACACAGAACUCGCUGGCGUCGAUUCCCGACUCGAGCGCGGGCUAUGGCGUGCGCCAGGCCGCCCGCUCCGGAGACGUCGAGGUCGGUGACCUGGUCAACACCCCCGGCGGAAUGCACGGCAUCGUCAAGUUCAUUGGCAACGUGAAGGGGAAGGGCGGAGUGUUUGUGGGCGUCGAGCUCGAGGGUGAGCUCGCUGGAAGGGGGAAGAAUGACGGCGCUGUCGAUGGGGUUCGAUACUUUACAACGGCACAACCUCAGUCGGGGAUCUUUGUUCCUCUGGCUCGAGCCAGCAAACGAAACUCCGUAGACUCCUCGCAAGCCCCGCCGACUCCGACAUUCCUCGAUAGUCCGUCGACCCUUGCCCCGCCAGCAAUAACACCCAAUCGUGUCCGCUCCGAAUCUCCUGCCGGCCGUGCCUUCAGUAGUGCUAUGAAGACCCCCGGCAGUGGUCGACCAUCUCUUUCGGGCCGGCCAGAAAGCCCAGUACGGAGGAUGAACACACCGGGGCCUCUGGGAGGACCAUCGAGACCGAGUCUACUUCCCCCAAGCACUCCGCGAGCUGGGUCUGCAAUGGGCACACGGAUCGGGGCACUUUCACCCACUCCGGCGAUAGGACGGCCAAACUUCCAGGGGCGUGCGAGAGCGGGCAGUGUGGCAGGAAGCAUAGCGGGCGAUUAUCAGAACAGUAGGACACCGACCAUAUCAACACCCAAACCGCCCAAAACACCAACAUCACAACUGCACACGCUGAAGCAGCCAAAAUCCAAUCUGGCAUUGAGGAGUGGCAGUUCGAUCGGGUUUUCGCGGCCGGGCAGCUCGCUGGAUAGACACAUGGAGGAGGAGGAACCGAUGCCGACACCGUAUCACAACCACCACCACCACCACCACCAAAACUACUCUUCUUCCCCGAUCGACUCUGGCAUAGGAAUGGCGAGGAGCGAGGAAAUGGACGGCAUCAUUGCGGCGCUCAAGGUCGAGUUGUCAGACAAGGACCGGCAGUUACAGGGGCAGGCGGCGUCACUGCUGGAGAUGGAGGCGUCCUUGGUCGAGCUUCAGAAUCUGAUGAACGGCGGGAUGAUGUCACCGCGGUCCAACACGUUUGAAGAUGCCGACGCAUCGCAGCUGCGGGCGCUGCUCCGCGAGAAGAACGAGAAGAUUGCACACCUCACGGCCGAGUUCGAUGCGCACCGCGCGGACUUCCGGAGCACGAUCGAUACGCUGGAGCUCGCGAGCUCGGAAACGGAGCGCGUCUAUGAGAAGCGCGUCGCGGACCUCAUGGAAGACAUUCGGGAGCUGCAGGACCGCAACGAAGAUGUCGACUCGGUGGCCCGGCAGCUUAAGCAGCUGGAGGAGCUGGUGGCCGAGUUGGAGGAGGGGCUUGAGGAUGCAAGGCGCGGCGAGGCAGAAGCGAGGGGUGAAGUCGAGUUUUUGCGCGGCGAGGUCGAGCGGAGUAGGGAGGAGCUGCGAAGGGAGAGGGAGAAGAGUGCGGCUGCUGUGGCCAAUGCCGCGGUCGGAAAGAUGAUGCGUAAUGGUCAGGACGAGGUCGAGAAGAAGGACGAUGAAAUCCGCGGCCUCAAGGCCAUCAUCCAUUCCCUCUCAAGGGAUUCGGUGGCGCUAGAGGAUACCGCGGCGCCGACUCACCCCAAGGUGAAUGGUGGCGCUGAGCUGGUUAAGGAGCGCCAGAACGGCGAGAAGCUGAGCCACGAGAUCACUCAACUGCAGAACCAGAUUAAGAACAAGGUCAAUCGGGAAGAGGAGCUGGAGCGUGAGAUCGAAGAACUCCGUAAGAAGAGGGAAGCGAGAACGUCGGCCUCGUCCGAGAAGACUGUUUCUGCAUGGGGCGGCAGGGUUGUGUCGGGUGGAUCGGCGGAGAGGAUCGGCUGGAGAAAUAGACAGCUGUCUGGCUCGGGCAACUCGCUCCGGAAGCUCCAGCUCGACACUACGCCGAUCAAGGAGGCCUCGAUCUCGGAAGGAAAGGACAGUUCCGAGCUGACGCCCAUCGACUCGGAUGCGGACUCGACCGUCCCGUGGUGCGAGAUCUGCGAGACUGGCGGCCACGACAUAUUGACGUGCACCAGCAUGUUUGGCUCUGGCGCCGGCGGCCCCGCGUCAGCUGGCCCCAACGGAUCGACGACCGCCGCUGCUGCCGCCGCCGCCGAGCAGGAGGAACACACGCCCUCGUCCUCCCCCCUGCCGCCGCUGCGACGAAAGGACCCUCCCGCUUCGUCCCCUGCUCCCCCGACUACGGUCUCGUCCGCCACCACCGAAGACGACUUCUCGGUCGACACCCCCAUCGCGGAAAAGAAGAAGAGCGUGCACCUCCCCCACCUCCCGCCGCCGCCGCCGAUCGUAGACACGGGCUCUUCGUUCGGACCCUUGGCCGGCAAGGACAGCGGAACGGUGGAUAUGGACAAGUGGUGUGCGCUCUGCGAGCGUGACGGGCACGACAGCGUCGACUGCCCGGAGGAGACGGAUUAUUGA